AUGGAGCUGGAGCAGUCCGAGUUCGAGUGGUGGCUGGGAGACUACCUGCGCGAGACCGAUGACGAGACGACGACAAGGAAUCCGGCGCCCGCCGCCCCUCUCAGUGCAGCAGCGCUGUUGCCAUCUUUGCAGCCACGCUGCCGCCAAGAGUCUGCCCCGCUUCGCAAGGCAGAGUGGCGCGCGGUUGAGGACCUGGUCAUCUUGGCGAGCUACCGCAAGUACGGCACGCAGUGGUCUCGCAUCGCAGCGCAGCUGCCUGGCCGCACCCCUGACGGCGUGCGCAACCGCUGGCAUCGACUGCAGCGGCGGCACGGCCUGAGCGAUUCAGUGGGAGGCCGUCGAGCCCUGGACGAGCUGCUCCUCUCCUGUGGCGUCGAAAAGGACUGGGUGCCGCCGGCCGAGGCCCUCCAUUUCAUCGAAACCGAGGACGACGACGCCGACGAAGUUGAACUCGGCCGCACGAUGUGGACAGAGGAGGAGGACGCGCUCGUGCUCGAGGGGGUGCGGACGCACGGCUUCAAGUGGCGGCUCAUCGCGGCCAAGCUGCCUGGGAGAUCCGACUCGUCCGUUCGCAACCGCUGGCGACGCCUCCCCGAGGCCAAGCUGCCUCGUCCAGGCCACAUCUUGGGGGGAGGGGUGGCGGCGCUCUCGCCACUCGGCCGCUUCACUACAGCGCCCACCUUCUCGGUGGUGCCUCGGCGGGCGCCGGCGCAACUCCCGCCACCGCUGCAGCUGCCCGGCUCUCCAAGCGGCGUCCCAUCCCACCACGGCCGUGAGGACUCUGUGGACUCAGACUUUGUCGACCUUGUCCACGCGGCGGACAGGCCGCUGGCGUUCGAGACCGGGGCGGUGUGCCCCAUGCCGCCAGAGGCGUUGCGCGCACCCGAGGCGAGGACGGUGGGGGUUCCCAUGGAGAGGCUGUCGCCCUUGCGCGCCUCCACGGGCGAGAUGCUGCCGAGGGACGCGCCGGCGCUGGCGCGCUCCUUCUCGUCUCUCUCGGCGUUGGGCUCAUCCUCCACAACCAUGUCGACGUUGGGCUCGACCUCCGCUGCGACGGCCACGUCGGACAACGAGGAGCCUGACGACGCCACCGGAGCCAUUCCACGCGGCAGCGGGCGCAAGCGCUUCCGGCCGAUGUGGACGGCCGAGGAGGACGUUUUCAUCGUACGGUACGUCGAGCAGCACGGCCGGCAGUGGGCCAAGAUCGCGGGUCUGAUGGAGAACCGCUCCCACCGCGCCGUCCGCAACCGCUGGCUGCGCAUGCAGAAGGGCCAGGCCACACGCGAGAGCCGCGGCCCUGACGACGGCUACCGCUGCCGCCGGUGCGGCGAGCUCAAGCUGGGCCACAUUUGCGCUGCUAGCCUGCCGAGGCUGCCCUCGCCACCCCAGUUCUGCCUCUGA